AUGACGACUGGUGCUGUUAAUAGCCACAACACAGUCGAUUCAAUUUGGAAAGAUCGAAUUGAACGUGCACUCAAACAUAUUUGUCGCACAAUCGAUAUACGACAAAGACGUGAUGCUGUGCCACUUCUAACAACUAUUGGUGAACAAGUUGAACAAUAUAAUCAAUUACGACGUCCACGUAUUGUUUCAGAACCGAUAUCUACAGAAAGAAACCUGUCAUUGUAUACAACUUGUGCUUAUGAUGGAAUGACGGGUGAUAAAUUAAUAUGUUCACUUUCAAUUUUACCUCAAGUUGAUCAAUUACCUAAUAUGUUCACUUAUGUACCAUUACAAAGAAAUUUUCUCUGUGAUACAGUGACAAAUCUCUCAGAUCUACUUUUAGAUGAAGAUGAUGAAGAUAUUAAAAAUCUUCUUAAUUCUGUUCAAUCGGAUACGUUAGUUGAACAAGAAACAAUUCGAUCUUAUCCAACAACAAGACGUACACGUCGUUCUGUAAAAACAUCAGCAGUUCGUGACAAAAAUAAUGAAUUUAUUUUUGAUGAAGAACAUCUUAUAGAAUUAUUAAAACGUCUUAAACAACAACCAGCACAUUCAGCAAUAACCAUGACAACAGAUGAUGAAUCAACUUUAUUCGAAACGUUAAUUAAACUGUAUCCAUCGUCAGCUGAUUUAAUUCGAGAUCGUUUUGGUACAAUAUUUGAAACAAAAGGUGUUCAAUCAAAAGAAUUAACACCUAAUGUUGAUAAUUCAUCAACAGCACUUGAUACAACUGUUGAAAAUACUUUACAUUCAUAUUUUAUGCUUUUUUGUCGUCGUUGUUAUCAAUACGAUUGUUUUAUACAUAGAGAUAAACAAGCUAUACCUGAUUUAAAUAUUGAACCUAAAAAUUCAAAUAUAACCUUUCGUCCAUGUAGUCGUUAUUGUUAUCGAUUCAAUUCAAUAUCACAACGACGAACAAGAAUUGAACUUAAACGAAGUCAUAGUGAAUUACCUGAUAAUGUAAAAUUUAAAAUGCCUACGAAUGGUUUUUAUUCAAACCGUUCAAAAUUAAAUUUAAUUAAGACAGAACCUAUAUCACCAAUAAAUUUAUCAUCGAAUGGUUUUUUUAUCAAACCAUCAUUAAAACGUAAAUUAACUGAUGAAUUAUCUGAAUGGUCAUCAAGUGAUAAAUCAUUAUUUCGAGUUUUUUAUACAAUUUAUGGUGAUAAUAUAUGUAUGAUUGCUAAUUUACUUGAUAAACCAUGUUCACAAGUUUAUUUAUUUUAUACGAAUGAUAUUGAAAUAAAUAAAACAAAAAAAUUUUUACAGCGACAAUGUUCAACAACAAGUUCAUCAACAAUUGAUUCAUUUUCAGCAGUGACAUCAACAACAUCAUCGGAUUCAAAUGAUACGAAAACUGAUGGUGAGCAUAAAAAGAAAAAACUUAAUGGAAAUUUUAAAGCAGCAACUACAAAUGGUAGUGAAGAAUCAAUCGAAGAUGAGACAUCAAUGUGUAAUGGAAAAGAUAGGCAACAUAUGACAAAUAAUCAUCGUUCAUCAUCAUCUCGUCGUUCUCAUUCAUUAUCAUUCCGUCGUCAACGUAGUCAUCAACAAAUAUUAUUAAAUCAUCAUAAUAAUCUCAAUCCCGAACAAAAACGUCAUACAUAUUAUCCAUGUGAUCAUGAUCGUUCAAUACCUUGUAAUGAACACUGUUAUUGUGUACGAGCUGGUAAUUUCUGUGAAAAAUAUUGUUCGUGUUCAUCAACAAAAUGUGAUAAUCGUUUUCCUGGUUGUCGUUGUCGUUCAUCAUGUACAACAAAACAAUGUCCAUGUUAUGCAGCAGCACGUGAAUGUGAUCCAGAUUUAUGUACACAAUGUGGUGCAGAUGAUUUUGGAAAUAUUAAUAAUGAAUUAAUAACAAAUUCAACAUGUUCAUGUCAUAAUGUUGCUAUACAACGUAGUUUACAUAAAUCUUUGCUAUUAGCUGAAUCGGAUGUAGCUGGUUGGGGAAUGUUUACACAAGUUAAUAUUCAACGAAAUGAAUUUAUUGCUGAAUAUUGUGGAGAAAUUGUAACACAAGAUGAAGGUGAAUUACGUGGACGAAUGUAUGAUACAAUAGGUACAAGUUUUUUAUUUGAUCUCAAUGAAGAAUAUAUGGUUGAUGCAACACGUCGUGGAAAUAAAAUACGUUUUGCUAAUCAUUCAAUAAAUCCAAAUUGUUAUGCUAAAGUUAUUCGAGUUAAUGGUGAUCAUAGAAUUGGAAUUUAUUCAAAACGUUUUAUAUCAGCAGGAGAAGAAUUAUUUUUUGAUUAUCGUUAUGGAGCUAAUCAUCAUUUACGUUUUGUUGGUGUAGAAAAAAAUACACUCGGAGAUCAAAUUGAUAUCUAA